AUGCACCUCACCCCCAUCAUAAUAGCCACCAGCCUAGUUCUCAUUUUCUUACUUCUUACAUUUCCAGUCCUCUCCUCCUUUUCUCCGCGUUCUCUUCCCCCAAACUGAGCCCUGGCCCAAGUUAAAACAGCAGUAAAAUGAGCCUUUUUUACUAGCAUUCUUCCUCUCUGCCUUUUUCUCAAUGAGGGCGCAGAAACAAUUAUUACCAGCUGCGCUUGAAUAAAUACCCACACUUUUGACAUCAACAUCAGUCUUAAGUUUGAUAUUUAUUCAGUCAUCUUCACCCCCGUCGCCCUAUAUGUCACGUGAUCAAUCCUAGAAUUUGCCUCCUGAUACAUACACGCCGACCCAUACAUAAACCGAUUCUUUAAGUACUUAUUAAUUUUCCUCAUUGCCAUGAUUAUUCUUGUAACCGCAAACAAUAUGUUCCAGCUAUUUAUCGGCUGAGAAGGGGUCGGAAUUAUAUCUUUUCUUCUUAUUGGCUGAUGAUAUGGCCGCACAGACGCAAACACCGCUGCCCUUCAGGCAGUAAUCUACAACCGAGUUGGGGAUAUUGGUCUAAUUUUUGCUAUAGCUUGAAUUGCGACCUCCCUUAACUCUUGAGAAAUACAACAAAUAUUUACAUUAUCCAAAGACUUUGACCUAACUUAUCCCCUUAUUGGCCUUAUUAUUGCUGCUACCGGCAAGUCCGCCCAAUUCGGCCUCCAUCCAUGGCUUCCUUCUGCCAUAGAAGGUCCUACACCGGUCUCUGCCCUACUGCACUCAAGCACCAUAGUCGUAGCAGGUAUUUUUCUCCUAAUUCGUAUAAGCCCAAUGCUAGAAAACAACCAAACUGCCCUCACUAUUUGCCUUUGCCUAGGAGCCCUCACCACCCUAUUUACCGCAACCUGCGCCCUCACCCAGAAUGACAUUAAAAAAAUUGUUGCUUUCUCAACAUCAAGUCAACUCGGCCUAAUAAUAGUUACAAUUGGACUCAACCAACCCCAACUUGCCUUCCUUCACAUCUGCACCCACGCAUUCUUUAAGGCUAUACUCUUCCUCUGCUCCGGGUCUAUUAUCCACAGCCUAAACGACGAACAAGACAUCCGAAAAAUGGGGGGCAUGCACCACCUAACCCCUUUUACAUCUUCCUGUUUAACCAUCGGAAGUCUAGCUCUCACAGGGACCCCCUUCUUAGCAGGCUUCUUUUCAAAAGAUGCCAUCAUUGAAGCCCUAAACACAUCUUACCUAAACGCCUGAGCCCUCUUCCUCACCCUCCUAGCCACUUCCUUCACCGCUAUCUAUAGCCUCCGAGUUGUUUUCUUCGUAUCAAUAGGACAUCCCCGCUUCAACCCGCUCUCCCCUAUUAAUGAAAAUAACUCAACAGUUAUUAACCCUAUCAAACGUCUUGCCUGAGGAAGUGUAAUCGCCGGCCUCCUAAUCACCUCUAACAUUACCCCUCUAAAAACACCAGUUAUGUCCAUACCCUUUCUUCUCAAAGCUGCCGCCCUCGUAGUAACCAUUAUUGGCCUUCUUAUCGCACUAGAACUUGCCUCCCUUACCAACAAACAAUAUAACCCAACUCCAAAACUCGCCCCCCAUCAUUUUUCUAACAUACUAGGAUUUUUUCCAAUAAUCAUCCACCGCCUAACCCCCAAACUAAACCUAACUCUAGGACAAGCCAUCGCCUCCCAAACGGUUGACCAAACAUGGCUAGAAAAAAUUGGCCCAAAAGCAACUGCCUCCCUCAGCCUCCCUUUAAUUACAACAACCAAUAACAUUCAACAAGGCAUAAUCAAAACCUAUCUCUCCCUCUUCCUCUUCACCUUCGGCCUAGCUCUUCUACUAUUACUUUAUUAA